AAUCAGAGUAAUAGGUGCAAUUGUUUGAACUGCUGCUGCUACUACUAACCUUAAAUAUUAUCAAUUAUUAUCAAUAAUCAUAAAUUAUUUUGUGUGCAAAAAAAUGUAUACGACGCAAAACCUUUAUUCCAAGAAAAUUAAUACUGAUUACUGAUUAAUGUCCAGAAUAUAAAAGCUUAUUUUGGCCAUGUUUAAUCCAGUCGAUUCAGCAUGGUCUCAGGGCUCUGUGUUCUUGUAUUUUUGGGUUUAUUUUCCCAGUUUUUGGCCAUUGAAAUAACACCAACGAUUUCAGAUGGUGUUCCUGAAACAUUUAAUAUAACCAGAAAAUUCUUUGAACAUAUCGGUAAUGGUUACUAUUACAUUGAAAAGGUUAAAAGCCUAAAUUGGUUUGCUGCUUUCGAAUCAUGCCGGCAAGUGGACGCCCAUUUAGUUGCCUUUGAGUCCUUGGAGGAAUGGAAUUCGGUUAUUCUUCACCUCAAGAACAAUAAGAUUGAAGGUAUAUUCUGGACUUCUGGCACAGACUUGGCAAAUCAAGAAGAACAUGUAUGGUUUACAACUGGUCAAAAGGUGACUUUGGAUAGCAUUUGGAAUGAAGGAGAACCCAAUAAUGAUGGUGGAAAUGAGCACUGCGAUGUGGUGCUCUCUGCUAAAGAUUCCAUAGGUUUGAAUGAUCUUGAAUGUGAACUGAAAAGACUCUAUAUUUGUGAAGCCCCACAACCGAUUACAGCCUCUUUUGUUAUCUGGUAAAGAACUAAUAAGCUAAAGGGUUUUCUAUUUGUUUUUGGAUAUUUACUUAACAAAACCGGGUCAUUAAGGGAAGUACCUAACUUUCUUUGUUUCAUAUAAAAGAAUCUAUCUUUUAGAUACAAUAAUAAAUCUAGAUAAAAUGUUC